CUGGACUGGCAGACGGCUUUAAGAUGAAUGAGUAAAACCCUUAUAUACUGUCUAUAGUAAAACCCAAAUGAGGCAGUAAUGCAACAUUGUGGAUGCCGACUACUUUAAAACUUCAAAGAAGAAGAAGAAAAAGAGGCCAGUCUGCUGUCAUUUAGAACCAUGUCGUCCACUGAAAGUACUGACCUGGGCCGGGCGCUCUGUAUUAUCACCGGGGCCUCCAGAGGCUUUGGCCGGACUAUAGCGAGGGAGAUGUCUCGGUUGGUGAAGCCGGGGUCAGCGCUCUUGCUGGCGGCCCGCUCCGGUGAUGACCUGCGGGCUUUGCAGGCUGAGCUGGCCGAGUCGGAGGCAGGCAAAGCGGGCCUGGUGGUUGAGUGUGUCGUGGUAGAUCUGGGUCAGAUUGAGGGACCGGAGAGGAUUGUCAGAGCAUCUAAAGAAGCUUUUUCUGACGAUAUAGAUCACGUUAUACUGGUCAACAAUUCUGGCUCUCUGGGUGAUGUGACCCGCUAUGCCAAAAGCUUCACCGACAUGGCCGAGGUGAACUCCUACUUGUCUCUCAAUGUCAGCUCCUCCCUGUGCCUCACCGCCAGCGUCCUGCAGGCUUUUCCACAGCGUCCAGGCCUGCGGCGCACUGUGGUCAACAUCAGCUCGCUGUGUGCCCUGCAACCUUUCCGCUCCUGGGUGCUGUACUGCACAGGCAAGGCUGCCCGAGACAUGAUGUUCAGGGUGCUGGCAGAAGAGGAGCCGGACCUUCGUGUGCUAAACUACGCUCCAGGGCCUCUGGACACUGCCAUGCUGACGGAGGCCAUGUCCAGAACAGCAGAUCCCAGCAUCAGGACGUCUUUUUCAGCCAUGUUCGCUCAGGGCCAGGUGCUCACCUGUGAGGCCUCUUGUGCCAAGCUGAUGAAGCUGCUGCUGGAAGACAACUACACAUCAGGAGCUCACAUCGACAUCUAUGACGUAGACACAGCUUGAGUACUUACAGCUAGAGCUGCAACUAGUGAUUAUUUUAUUAUUAAUCUGUUAAUUAUUAUUUUUUGAUUUCUUGAUUAAUGUUUGGUCUAUAAAUGUCAGAAAAGCGUGAAAAAUGUUGAUCAGUGAUCAAGAUG